AUGUAUUUAUUUGGUGAAACAAUAUUUUCUUCAUGUCCACAUGAAAGUAAUUGCCGAUUGACAACAAUUUUAGCUUUGAUAGCAUUAUUUUUUCAAGUCUUAGUAGCUAUUAUAUUAUUAAGAGAAUGGAAAGCAACUAAAAGUUCUUACACAAGAUUUUUAGCUGUUGUAAGAACAAUUCAUAUUUUUUAUAAUUUGUUAGGUCUUGUAAUUGGUGAAUUUCGUACAUUUUUUCCAAGAAAAACAGUGAUUUGUUAUGGAAUUAUAAGAUACUUGGGUGAUUAUGCUUGUGGUGUUACAUUUUGUGGACAAAUAUCAUUUAUAUGUAUUGAAUCAUUUUCAAUAGUUUAUGCAUUCAAUGGACAGUAUAAUAUUAUGUGCAGAAAAGUAGGAUUUCAUGAUAAUACUUUAUGGCAAAAAUUUAGUUUUGCAAUUUUUGCUGUUAAUAGUUUUACUAUUUUCAUUACUUUAAAUUAUGCUUUAAUAUCAAGAAAUGAGGCAAUAGAUUUGUGGUAUGUUUUUGAUGAAAAAUUAAAAGAAUAUCUUAAAACCCAUUAUGCAAUUUUGGCAUUUGGAGGAUCAAAACAAUAUAUGCUUUUUAUUUUUUUAACUUUUAUUAUGAUAAUUUUUAUCAAUAUUGGUUUUGUAAUUGGUGAAUUUCGUACAUUUCUUCCAAGAAAAACAAUGAUAUGUUAUGGAGUAGUUAGAUUUAUUGGUGAUUACGCAUGUGGUUUUUCUGUUUGCAUAUUUAUAUCAUUUAUAUGUGUUGAAACAUUUUCAAUAGUUUAUGCAUUUAAUGGACAAUAUAACAUUAUGUGUAGAAAAGUGGGAUUUCAUGAGAACAAUUGUAUACAAAAGUUUAGUUUUAUAAUUUUAGCUGCAAAUAGUCUUACUGUUUUUAUAACUUUAAGUUUUGCUUUAAUACCUAGAAAUGAAGCAAUAAAUUUAUGUCAUAAUUGUCUUUCUUUUUUACAUGGACAUGGAAGACAUUUUUGUCACAGAGGUGGAUUUUUUCAUCAUGAUCCUUGGUUCCAUGAUUUUUAUUUUCCACCAAGAAAUAUAAUAAUAAGGAAAAAUUAUGAACCUAUUGGACCUUGCUUAAACAAACUUUGUCCUGAUAAUUAUACAUGUUUUAAAGAUGAAUGUUACUCAGAUGAAAUUUUUAGUAGAAUUCUUUCUAGAAGAAGAUUUAUAUACAUACCUUAA